GGGCGGGGCUUGGCGGGCUCUCCUUGCCGGAGGGGGGCUGCCCGGAGCCCCGCAGCCGGAGGCUUCCCACACCCCCUGGCCCGACCCCUCCCCUCGGGGAAGAGGAGCCGGCCCGGAGGGGCUGGGAGAGCCCGGCGGAGUUCUCCUCGGGGCUGGCCUCCUCUGGGGAGAGAGGGGCACUAUCAGAAAAACGUGGGCCAAGCGCAGCGGGCCCGGCAGGGAGAGGGCAUGGCCAGAAGCAGGCCGGGCCUGGCCCCUUCUCUGCCCCGGUGACAGUCCCCUUGCCCUGCCGGGGAGUCCGGGCCGUGGCUGCCGAGAGCGGGGGUGGGUAUCAGCCGGGCCUCCCUCCCGCCGGCCCCAGCACGCAAGUGCUUUCGGGAGGCUGUUUUGCAGGCUUGGAGGAGCCCCCUCCUAGGAAGCAAGAACUAGUCUCUAGCAGCGGGCAGACGGUGGGGAGGGGAUGAGGGAGAGCCAGCCCAGAGCGGGCGGGAGGGAGGCUUCGGGGCUCCGGGCCCGCUGCCCUCCCCUCUGCACUCGGUGCAAAACUCUUGGAACUCGCCCCUCAGUUUCUCCUCCCGGGGAGAUGAGGACCUUAGGGACGGCCAGGCCGGCCCCUUCCUCAUCUUAGAAGCGACCUGAGGCCCCCGAGCAAGGGGAAGACUCGUCCCAAACGGCCGGCGCCUGCUGCAGCUCCGGCCGCUCCUCCCGGCGCUUUGGUGGGAGCCCGAGCCUGGCAGUCCUCGGCUCUGAGCGAGCUUUAGCACGAGGAAGGCCCGAGCCAGACCCGCCAGCUGUGUCAGCCCGAGCUCGGCCUCCCUUGUACAGCGGGCAUGAGGCCGGGGCCUGCGGGAGCACCAGGGACAGAAUCCUUUUGAGCUGGCCUUCACCGUCAACCAGUCCAACCACCUAGAAUCCGUCUUCAAUUUUGAGUGCCCGACCCGCCCAGACAUGCCCUCGAGCCAGCCCAUCGACAUCCCCGACGCCAAGAAGAGGAGCAAGAAGAAGAAGCGCUGCCGGGCCACCGAUAGCUUCUCCGGGAGGUUUGAAGAUGUUUACCAGUUGCAGGACGAAGUGCUGGGGGAGGGAGCCCACGCCCGUGUCCAGACCUGCAUCAACCUCAUCACCAAUAAGGAGUACGCCGUGAAGAUCAUCGAGAAGCGCCUGGGCCACAUAAGGAGUCGGGUGUUUCGGGAGGUAGAGAUGCUGUACCAGUGCCAGGGACAUCGAAAUGUCCUUGAACUGAUAGAGUUCUUCGAAGAAGAGGAGAGAUUCUACUUGGUGUUUGAGAAGAUGCGGGGUGGCUCCAUCCUCUCUCAUAUCCAUCAGCGACGUCAUUUCAACGAGCUAGAGGCCAGCAUGGUGGUCCAGGACAUUGCCAGCGCCCUUGACUUCUUGCACAAUAAAGGGAUUGCACACAGGGAUCUUAAACCUGAAAACAUCCUCUGUGAAAAUCCUGACCAGGUUUCUCCAGUCAAGAUCUGCGACUUUGACCUUGGCAGCGGCAUUAAGCUCAAUGGUGACUGUUCUCCCAUCUCCACCCCGGAGCUGCUCACGCCGUGUGGCUCUGCAGAGUACAUGGCCCCGGAGGUGGUGGAAGCUUUCAAUGAGGAGGCGACCAUCUACGACAAGCGAUGUGACCUGUGGAGCCUCGGGGUCAUCCUCUACAUCCUGCUCAGCGGCUACCCGCCCUUCGUGGGCCAUUGCGGCAGCGAUUGCGGCUGGGACCGGGGAGAAGCUUGCCACACCUGCCAGAACAUGCUUUUUGAGAGCAUCCAGGCAGGCAAGUACGAGUUCCCUGACAAGGACUGGGCCCAUAUCUCCUUUGGAGCCAAAGACCUCAUCUCCAAGCUGCUUGUCCGGGAUGCCAAGAAGCGGCUGAGUGCGGCCCAGGUCCUGCAGCACCCCUGGGUGCAGGGGUGUGCUCCGGAUAACACCUUCCCCACUCCAAUCAUCCUGCAGAGAAACAGCAGUGCCAAAGAACUCACCUCCUUCGCGGCCGAGGCCAUCGCCGUGAACCGCCAGCUGGCCCAGCGCGAAGAAGACGAGGAGGAAGAGAACCGACCGAUCGUCAUCAAAGCUACCUCAUGUUCCAUGCAGCUGUCGCCGCCGUCCAAGUCCAAGCUGGCGCAGCGGCGGCAGAAGGCCAGCCUGUCCAAGGCCCCGCCAGCGCCGCAGCACCUGGUCAGCCCCCUGGUCCUGGUCAGCGACCGCAUGUAACGGCCCGCCAGGGCCCCUCCGGCCCCUCCUGCGCGCCCAUCCGUCGAGGUUUGCCGGGGUCGGGUUUGGUUUUUAAGCUGUCGCCAGCCGUCGAUCACUCCCUCCUCUGGCUGGUUUCCAGGGAGUUCAGCUGACCUUGGGAGUAGUUUUUUUUUAUAAACAUUUUUUAAGUGGUCUAAUGGUAUUUACCAACGAAGCAAGAAAGCGGCGCGCUCCCGGGCGUGGGGCGCACUGAUUGUUGGGGUCCUUGUUUGUUGUGAGGGUUCCCUCCCUUCCUACGCCAAAGGAUGCGCUGUCACUCAGCCUGCCCCUAACUGUGAAAGACGGCCAGUCAGUCGUGGGAAAAGUCGUGGUCCCCCGCCCCACCCCGCCCUCGCUCCCCUCCCCCCGAGCGCCAAGAAUCGGCUCAGGAGGAAGGCCUGCGGCCUCCCCCCAUAAGCUUUUACGUCUUCCAGAGCAGGUGAAGGGUCCCUGGGGUGGGGGGGAGGGGGCGCGCUCCUCCCUCCCCCCACAUAUGUGCA